AUGGCUGAUAAUGAAAGCAUACACGAUGAAAAUGAAAACCAACAAGUACGAACCAUGCGUGAUUACUUGCAACCUUCUCGAAAUUUUGCUCCUUCAUGUUUCAUUUUUCCUCUUAAUGCUAAUAAUUUUCGAUUCAAGCCGGGUAUGAUUCCAUUACUUCCUAAUUUUCAUGGCUUAGAAUCUAAAAGUCCAUAUUUGCAUCUUAAAGAAUUUGAGGAAGUAUGUGCCACAUUUAACGAGCAAACUUGUCCCAAUGAAAUUGUUAAGUUGAAAUUGUUUCCUUUUUCUCUAAAAGAUAAAGCAAAAACUUGGCUUAACUCUUUAAAACCUAGGUCGAUUGGCACAUGGCAAGAAAUGCAAAGUGAGUUUUUGAAGAAAUUCUUUCCAGCACAUAAAACUAAUGCUUUGAAAAGACAAAUCCAAAAUUUUUCUCAAAAAACCAAUGAAGCGUACUUUCAAUGUUUAGAAAGAUUUAAAGAUUUGUUAAAUACAUGCCCACACCAUGGUUUUGAAAAAUGGCGUACUAUAAGUUUCUUUUAUGAGGGCCUAACUCCUGAAACAAAACAAUUUGUAGAAACGAUGUGCAAUGGUGAAUUUUUAGAUAAAGAUCCAGAUGAAGCAUUAGAAUUUCUAGAUCAUCUAGCUGAAAAUUCUCAAUCUUGGCAAACAGUAAAACCAAUCGAAAACUCAAUUAGAUCUAGUCUUGCUAGUUCUAGUGGAGGAAAAUAUCAAUUGAGUCAAGAUGAUGAUCUAAAUGCUAGGAUUGCUAGUUUGUCUAGAAAGGUUGAAGCCAUGGAAUUAAGGAAAGUAAAGGAAGUUAAACCCGUGCAAAAUGAUGAAAUUUGUAGCAUUUGUGAAACUUUUGGUCAUCUUACGCAUGAUUGUCCUAACAUUCCAGUUUUCAAAGAAGUUUUACAUGAUCAAACCAAUGCUAUGAACACUUUCAAAAAGCCUUUUUCUUCACCAUACUCAGAAACAUAUAAUCAACAAUGGAGAAAUCAUCCCAACUUUAGUUGGAGAGAUGAUAAUCGUGUUUAUUUAUCACAACCUCAAGGGCUUUCAAAAUUUCCUUCUUUUCCACCACCACAAUCAAAGACUCUUGAGGAAACAUUGCAGUCUUUUAUGCAAGGACAAGCAAAUAUUAAUAAUCAAACUUCACAAGCCAUCAAUGAAAUUAAGAACACACUUUCUUCAUUGACCUCUUCUUUGCAUUCUCAAGAGAAAGGCAAAUUUCCUGCUCAACCUCAACCAAAUCCUUCUCAGCAAUAUAAUGUAAAUGCUUCUAGUUCUUCUGAAAGUCAACAACAAAAUGCCAACUCCAUCACGACUCUUCGUAGUGGAAAAAUUAUUGACAAAACCAUCCCUUCAAAAGAACUAAAAUUUGGUGGUACUUCAAAGCAAGAAAAUGUCGUUUCCAAAAGUGAGGAAAAGAUCAUUUCUGAACCUAUUGUUGAAAAAUACUUGUGCACUGUCAAGAGGAAACUUAAUGUUCAACAAAAAGUAUUUUUAACAGAGAAUGUGAGCUCGAUUGUUCAACAAAACACUCCAUCUAAAUUCAAAGAUCCUGGUUGUCCAACAAUUUCUUGUGUGAUUGGGCAUAACAGGAUAGAGCGUGCUUUGCUUGAUCUUGGUGCUAGUGUUAACCUAUUACCUUUUUCUGUGUAUGAGCAACUUGGUUUGGGAGAGCUUAAACCAACAACAACAACACUUCAACUUGCUGAUCGUUCAGUAAAAGUUCCAAGAGGGGUUGUAGAGGAUGUUCUAGUUCAAAUUGAUAAAUUCUAUUUUCCUGUUGAUUUUAUAGUUUUGGACACACAUCCUGUUUUAAAUUCGAAUGCACAAAUACCUAUCAUUCUAGGACAUCCCUUUCUUGCUACUUCAAAUGCAUUGAUAAAUUGUAGAAAUGGUAUCUUAAAACUCUCUUUUGGAAAUAUGACCGUGGAAAUGAAUGUUUUUAACAUUUGCAAGCAACAUGGAGAUGAAGAUGAUUUGCAUGAAGUAGAUCUUAUUGAACAACUUGUUGAUGAUCAAUUUAUCGCUACAUCUUCAUAUGAUGCGCUUGAAUUUGAAUUCAAUGAUAAUUCUAAAAAUUCGCAUAUGAUUUCAAGUGUUCAAGAACCAAAGCUCGAUUUGAAACCAUUUUUUGAGAAUUUCUCUAAAUUGGAAAAGUCCAUUGCUAUACAUGAUUCUAAAGAUUGA